CCAAAGAUGUCGAAGUCCAUUUUACUAUAGGCGAGUCUCUGUUGAUGUGUUGCCAAACCGUUUCGUCCCCACAAGCGAGGGAUGCUUGGAGAACUUUACCGGAAGAAUUUAAAUCUGAUGAUUCGGAUCCUGUUAUAGAUCAAACUUUGGAUUGGUGUUUAACUGAAUUACUACUAUUGACGAGGAAACCCCACCCUAAUUCCAGACAAGCUUCUUGUAUAUGGUUGUUGGCAAUUCUUAAAGGGUGUGGAAAAAGAGAGCCGAUUGCCAAAAGGAUCCAGAUCUUACAAAACACAUUUAUGGAGUUUCUAUGUGAUAAUAAUGAUCUUAUCCAAGACGUUGCCUCAAAAGGCCUAUGCGUCAUUUAUGAUUCCUUUAAAUCGGAGGAUUUACUGUCUGCCCUUGUAAAUCAACUCACUUUGGGUACCAGACACGCCGUUCAAGUGACAAGUGAUACUAAAAUCUUCGAUGAGGGACAACUUGGGAAAACACCUUCUGGUGAAAACCUGACAACUUACAAAGAACUAUGCUCCCUAGCUUCCGAUUUAAAUAAACCCGACUUGAUUUACCAAUUUAUGCACCUGGCGAACCACAACGCCAUCUGGAAUUCGAAAAAGGGAGCAGCCUUCGGCUUUUCGACGAUUGCCCAAAAGUGCAGCGAGGAUUUAAAGAAGCUUAUGCCGGAAAUUGUGCCAAAAUUAUACAGGUAUCAGUUUGAUCCUUCUCCCAGUGUUCACGCCUCGAUGUCUAACAUUUGGAGGGUUUUAGUCACCGAUCCUCAAAAUGCUCUGGGCACUUAUUACCAUGAAAUAUUAAGGGAUCUUCUGGAUAACAUCAAUUCGUCGCAAUACAGGGUGAGGCAGUCGUGUUGUUUGGCAUUACAAGAUAUUUUACAAGGAUCUGCCAAUAGGUCCAUCCAUGAUGCAGUCGAAAAUAUGGAAGAACUGUGGACGAAACUAUUCAGGGUAAUGGACGAUCAUCAUGAGGCCACAAGACUGACCGCCAAUAAGACUGCUAGGGUAGUAAGUAAGUUGUGUAUACGAGCAAGCGACUCAAGUCAAGGAAAAGCCGGCGUCAAAAUGGUCGAAUCCGUAUUGCCGAUAUUUCUUAAUCACGGAAUCACGCAUACGGUACCAGAAAUAAGAAUUUUAAGCUUACAAACGGUUUCGGAACUAGUAAACUCGGCAGGUAACCAAGUAAAACCAUUUUUACCCAAAUUGAUCCCGGCCCUGCUGCAAGCCACUGGGGAGCUGGAAUCGGCCAAAUUGGGAUACUUGAGCACCCGAAUGGCCGGACAAGCGGAAACCCAAGAGGCAAUCGAUCAUGCGAGAGCUUCACUUGCUAAAUCUCAUUUUGCUACUGAAACCGUAUCAAAGAGUUUACGGUACGCAGAUGGUUCCAUGUUAGACGAAUUAAUCCCAAAAAUCCUGGAACUGAUGAAACCCUCUAUUGGCUUGGGAACCAGGAUCGCUUGCAGCCACUUUAUCACCCUCUUAGUGGUCCAUUUGGGGGAUGACGUGCAACCCUAUUCGGGAAAACUGUUGGCUGCCUUAGUUAACGGUUUAACCGAUAGAAACUCGGCUGUAAGGAAGCAUAACGCUGUGGCAAUUGGACAUUUGGUGUCCAAAUGCAAGGACUCCAGCUUGGAAAAGCUUUUUGCCAAGUUACAAAAUUUGUAUUUUGAGAGAGAAGAUGAUUCUAUAAGGUCCGCUAUAGCUUUCACGAUUCAAGCAAUAGGCACUCACAACCAGGAAGUGAUCAAAAAUUAUGCGAAAACUGUGUUGCCUUUGGCGUUUUUCGCUAUACACGCCGAUAAAUCGCCAGAGACACAAAGUACCUUGGAUGUGUGGAAUGAAAUCUGGUCUGAACAUAGUCCAGGCACCGAAACCGGAAUCCGCCAAAACAUCGAGGAAAUUUUCGAUAUGCUUAAACAGGCCCUAGAAUCAUCGUCUUGGACAGUCAAGGCUCAGGCAGCUAAUGCUGUAGCGACCGUAGCCAGUAAAUUGGGAUCAUCCAUGGAAGCCAAAUUCUGUGAAUCUUUCCUCAAUAUUCUCUUAACAGGCUUAACAGGGAAAACCUGGAAAGGAAAGGAUAAACUGCUGAAAGCCUUAUCCAGUUUAUGCUCCAAUUGCAAAGAUGUUAUUAAAACCAAAAACCCCUCUGUGAUAAUCGAGUCGGUGUGUCGGGAGGCGAAAAAACAGGAAAUCACUUACAAAAUCUCGGCGUUAGAAUGUCUUGGCGAGGUAGCUUCUUCCCUAGAAAUAGACGCGUUCGAGCAAGUAUACGAUAUACUAAAAAUCGUGCUAGACAGUAACCAAGGAGGCCAAAAAGACAUCGAGGAAGACGAGGAGGAGAACAGCAAAGAGAACGUUAUUAAUGUGAAAAUUGCCGCCUAUGACACAUUGGGUAAAUCGUGGCCAGAAAACGCUCCGGAAACCCAAGAAAAAUUCAAAAAUCUCUUUGUGGAACAUUGCCUAACGACUUUACCUAAAGUGGUUAAGUCGGUGCAAGUCAGCAUAUUGUCAGCGCUUUUUAAUUUUGUUAAUAAGCUGCAUUUGUUGCAAAAAAGCGGCGAUCUGACCCAUUUAGAACGGGAGGAACUUAAAUGGAUCGUGGAUAAAGUAUUGGAAGCUGUAACGUAUGCUUUUGGUAUUGCCAAACAUACUAGGCUUAGAAAAGAAGCCCUAAACAUAGUUUUUUGCUUGGGUACCAAACUAAAGCAGCAAAAUAACCAGGAAGAGCUAAACAAAUUAACGGACACAUUCUCCAAAUCCCUAGUCGAGCUAUCCAACGAUAACCAACCGGAGAUUAAAUGCAGGAUAAAUGAUAUAAAGCAGAUAUUGCUGUGAAAUUAUUCCUUUACAAUUAAGAAUUAUUUAUUAAGAUUGUAAUGAUAAUAAAAUUAAUUUUUUUUUGAA